UAGCACGUCUGGGGGAGAAGUAGACAGGAACAGGGCAGAUUGACUGGAAAGUCGGAAAGAGUGCGAUCUCAAAACCCAAACAAUUAAAAUCCUUGAAACACGACCAUUCGCUAAGUUCCAUUAUAAUCUGACAACAAUAGUAUUCUGUUCACCUCCACGCAUUGGAUUAUUGGCCUUUCCGACAGACAACUGGUAGUAGAAGAGUCAACCAACAGCUGAUUGGAGAGGUGUUGAGCAUCCCAACAUCUCACCAUCUGACAGUUCAGAACGAUAACAACUGUGUAGUGAAGCUGAUAUCUCUUAUUUCCAUAGAAAGGUUGGCGUGUGGCCCACUACUUGAUCACUAAUGUAGACGAUGUUUCAGGUAUACUAACUUGUCACUGCACCAGCAAAGCUUGCAUUAAAUUAAUGAAUAAGGAUAUCUAUCAAAUUUGGAGAACCAAACAUAGCAUCGGUCUGACAGAAGAAGCUAUCCUGACGGCGAACACAAUGUGUUCUUGAAGAUAUGACAGAAUCUUUAACACUAGGCCUACUGUGUUCCGAGCUACUCAUUUUCUUCGUAUGAUAAGACAAAGCAAACACAAUGUUAGUCAAGUUGUGAACACACACCCUGCCUUCCACUUGUGAUGUGACACAUCGGCUCCCUUGUUUUGCCCCCACCUGACUCACUCCCUCGGCUGUUUUGAUGAGGUGAAUUCAGGCCUUUCACCCCUCCUUGAAACCGCUCUGUGUGGUCCACACACCUCAACCUUCAGUUUUUUUUUCUGUGCUUGUGCAUGUCCAUUGGUUACAAUGAGCUCGUGACAAGGAGACCCCCCCCCCCAAGUGUCACAGCAGGCACAUCGUGCUGCUUCCAGAACUUUCCAAAAUAAGAAGACAAAAAGGAAAACUGUGACUCAGAGAGCCACUUUAUUGACGCAAUUUCCCAUUUUGAGGACAUUUGAGACUGUUCACGCCUCUCUAAACUACCGCCUCGCCAAGACACAAAGAGAGGUCGCACGCACACCUGCAUGUCCACCUUUUCGUCCGCCUUUUCCCUUGAUGUAAGGCCAACCUGGAGCAUCCCCAAAGCACCACCGCCUAUAUCCUGCUUCUCCAUCUCCACCGAGCUGAGGGACUAAUCCCCCCAGCGUGUAGAGUGCUGUCUUCUGGGUGGCUGCUCACACCCCCCGCCACACACCUCGUGCCCCCUUCCGUCGUCCCCCACACCAUCCUGGGCCCUGAGAUCACCCUGAGGCCACAGGGACUGCUGUCGUCCUCAGCGGCUAGGUCAGCCAUCUCCAUCAGGAACAGUAGGCCGUGGACCAGCACAGCUCGCUGCAGAGACGGUGUCCGGUGCUGAGCGAGAAAGAGUCAGACAGGAAUCUGAGGCCGGCCACUGGAGUUCAGAGCUAAAGACUCUGGGAUCCUGGCCAUGAGGUUUGAUGCCUCGCUCCACUGAAGGGAGACACUGGACCUAAAUGGCGCAGCAUGACUUUGUUCCUGCCUGGCUUAACUUCUCCACGCCUCAGCCUGCCAAGUCCCCUGCAGCCAACCUUGAGAAGCAUGGAGAGCACCUCCCCCGAGGAGACCACCGGCCAGGAGGGAGCCGCCGCCGACACAACUCCUCAGACGGCUUCUUCAACAACGACCCACUUCGUGCUCCUGCAGGAGAAGGCUGGCAGCAGCCCUCCCUGUUGAGGCAUGACUCCGUGGACUCCGGCGUGGCCAAGGGCUCUGGAGGUGGGCUGGGGAGCGGGCAGGGCUGGAAGGAGCCGCCCGGCUGGCAGCACCACCACCAGGGGCGACAUGGCAAGCGCGGAGGGGGUGGCGGCGGUGGGGGUGGGGAGCGCGAGAGGCAGGGAGGAGGGGGCCACAGACAGCGCAACGGAAACUUCCAUCCUCAACGCAAGGGGGGGCCCUACCAGGAGCGCUACUCAGACGAGGAACGCAGUGAGGACAAGCUGAAGUUUGUGGAGGAGGACUUUCCUUCCUUGAACUCGGAGACAACUGGAAAGCUGGUGAAUCAGGCUCGUGCUGUGGGGACUCCUGCGGGAGUUUGGGAGAACCCCCCCAGUGCCAACAAGCAGGUGUCGAAGAUGCUGGUCAUUAAGAAGGUCUCCAAGGAGGACCCCAGUGCCGCCUUCUCGGCUGGCUUUGCCAGUGCUGGCCCACUGCCCACCAACGGCACCAAAGUGUCCAUCACUGGACCCAGUGUCUACAAGAACCUCGUGCCCAAGCCUGCCUCAGCUCCCAGCAAGCCUGGCCCCUGGAAGCCCAAUGGAAGGGAAGCUAAGACGGGUCUGCAUUUCUCCGGACGAGACUCUGCAUUCUCCAGCCCCACCUCUGUGACCAAACCCAUGGCCCCCAUCACCGCCCCCGUACACGCCGCCCCAAAGGAGCCACCCUCCAGCACCACUCCCCCCAUAGACAUCACCCCUCCGCGCCUCAAGCUGAUGCGGCGCAGCACCGACCGCAAGAGCGAGUUCCUGCGGGGCCUCAGGGACGGCAGGAACGGGGAGCUAGGCGAUGGCCACGGCCCAGGAGUGGCCAACGAGGGAGAGGGCAGCACCCCAGAACCCAAGGAGUACGGAGAAGGCCACGAGAACGGCAUCGCUCACUCGCUCAGCGACUCAGACACUGAACAUCUGUCCAGCUCCCUGGAGGCAGAACAUCGGCUACUGAAGGCCAUGGGCUGGCAGGAACACCCAGAGAACGACGACAACUUCUUGCCUCUGACUGAAGAUGAACUGAAGGAGUUUCAAGCUAAAACUGAGCAGCUGAAGAGAAACGGGCUGGGGCGCAACGGGAUGCUGGUGAGGUCACGUGGCGUGGCGAUGCCCCUGGCGUGGAGGAGCCCGGUGGAGGCGGAGCUGGAAGAGGGCUCAGAGUCGGAGACGAGCAGCAGCAGCAGCCAGACAUCCGACGACGAGGGCGCCUAGCGGGGGCCGGGAAAGCGGAGAAGAGAGGAGAGAGAGGGGGAGGGCAACGCCUCUACAUGUUCUUCCUCACAUUCACUCAAACACAAACACACACACACACACCACCUGAACAACCAACCCAUCUCCUGCUCUUACAGUCUCUCUUUCAUUCUCUCUUUCAUUCACACACUUUUAUUUAAAAGAGAAAAAAAGCAAGAGAAAAAAGGAUGAAAACGAAGAAUAGUUGUCAUUGCACAAAAGAGACAUCAAUCAUAUCCCAGAUAGAGAAACGUUAACCUGCCAUGAGUCGUGGACUCGUGUGAGCAGUGUGUUUUCUUUCUUCAUCUGUUCCCUCUUUUGCCUCUUUCCCAUUUUCUCCCUUUUGUUGUCUCAUUUUCCAGGAACUGAAAAAAAAAACAAUGUUUAUGAAACGUCA